AGCACAGGGGUCUGGGUGCGGGGGGUACAGCCCGGCUGGCCGCUUACCCUGCUGCAGCGAGCGGCGCCCGGCAGACGACGCUCAGCCUGACAACACAGCGGACGCUUCCAGCUGCACGUACUCCACAAUGGCCAACCAGAGGAAAUUCUUUGUCGGAGGCAACUGGAAGAUGAACGGAGAUAAGGCUGCCAUUGACGGCAUUAUUUCCUUCAUGAAGGGUCCACUGAACGCUGACACAGAGGUGGUUGUGGGCUGUCCUCAGUGUUACCUUAUGUACACCAGGGAACACAUGCCAGCAAAUAUUGGUGUUGCUGCACAGAACUGUUACAAGACAGCCAAAGGUGCAUUCACUGGAGAAAUUUCUCCAGCUAUGAUCAAGGAUUGUGGCUGUGAAUGGGUUAUUCUUGGACAUUCUGAGCGCAGGAAUGUCUUCGGGGAACCAGACCAGCUGAUCAGUGAGAAGGUUGGCCAUGCCCUGGAAGCUGGACUGAAGGUCAUUCCAUGCAUUGGUGAGAAGCUUGAGGAGCGUGAGAGCAACCGGACUGAGGAAGUCGUCUUUGCCCAGAUGAAGGCUUUGGUGCCCAACAUCUCAGACUGGUCAAGAGUUGUUAUUGCUUAUGAACCAGUAUGGGCUAUUGGAACAGGAAAGACUGCAACUCCUGAGCAGGCCCAAGAUGUCCAUGCCAAGCUUCGCCAGUGGCUGCGGGACAACGUCAGCCCCCAGGUGGCCGAGUCCACCCGCAUCAUUUACGGAGGGUCUGUCUCAGCUGGCAACUGCAAGGAGCUGGCAAAGACAGGAGACAUUGAUGGUUUCCUUGUGGGAGGUGCUUCCCUCAAGCCAGACUUUGUUACAAUUAUUAAUGCCCGUGCUUAAGUUAUAUAGUACAGUACGUGUGGUCACUUAUCUGUGCUAAAAAAUCCUGUCAUGUCUAUUAGAUACUGCCAGAUACACUUGUCUUGUUACAUGUCUGUAGUACUAUCAAGUCUUGUCACAAUAUAACAUGUGAAAUAUAGAAAUAUGAUUCAGACAUGAAUAUUCAUCACUUAUGAAACAUUGCUGUAAAAUUAUUGUAUACUUCAUAGUUAUAUUAUUCAUUACAGCAGAUUUUCAGUCCUUGAUUUAAUUGGUAAAAAAAGAUAAAUAAAAAUAAAUAAAAUAAAAAAUGACUUUAAAUCAAAGUUGUUGAAACUUUCAGUAUGUAUUGUGCUUAAGUCAGGGAGGUCCUGCAUGUGAUCAAGUCAUGACAUAAUGGUAUGUAAUGGAUGAAUGAUUAAUUAUGAACUUAAGAUGUAUAUGUUAGAAAUUCAAGUCAAUUUGCUUGUUGAAAUGCAAGAUAUUUAAGUCUUCAACCUUUAGAAUGCAAUGAAACAUUGAUUUUUUAAUUUUGAUGAGUGAAUGGCUAAUGUGAUAAAAUGCUUUAUAUUAGAUUAUAAAAGACAUUGGUGUUAAGUCAUUUACAAUACUGGCUUUAUGGUUUAUUUGACAUUAUGCACCUUGUAGACCAUUACACAAUUAAGUAGAAAAUAAAUAAGUUUCAGA